AUGGCGACGGCUGUGAUGGCGCCGGUGGCCUGCGGGACGAGCGGACGCGACGCCUACGCGGCUUGGAGGGCCCCUAGGCGGUUGGCUGAGGCGAACGAGCAGCUCGGAGGGGUGGCGGAGGCUGUGGCCGUCGCGAAGCCGGACGUCGGGGCGCCGGCCGCACCGUCUGAAUAUCCCAUUCGUCGAGACGGACAGGUCGCGGAAGUCCGGGAGACCUCAUCUCAGAACCAAGUGGAAUGCGCUGCCGCGGCGCCCAAGGCGGCUGAAUCCUACUUUGGGAAGCGUGCACGGUUGUCAAAGUUGGGAUUCGCCAUUGGCACCGCCAAUCUGUGUUUGAUAUUCUAUUGGUUGGGCUCUUCGAGGAGCACAUUCUACCAGCUGUACACUGCAGAGACAAUGGUCCUCUUCACCACUCGUUGGGUUACCUUCAAACGAGAGAAGAAGCACUAUUACAUGCUGGACUUUUGCUAUGCUGCCAAUGCCCUGUUAUUGGGCUUUCUGUGGCUAUGGCCGCAGUGCAUCUGGCUGCACAAGGCAUUGUUUGCGUACAACACAGGCCCUUUGGCCUGGUCCAUUGUGGUGUUUCAGAAUUCCAUCGUUUUCCACAGCGUGUAUGAGUGGACAUCGCUGUUUGUCCAUUGGUACCCGAUGCUUGUGACAUGGAGCCUGCGAUGGGACCAGGACGCCUGUGACAUGUACAGCACCUGCGAUGUGACAACAGCUGGAUGGUGGGAAUGGACAAACUUGGCCGAAAGGUGGAGCAGUAAUGACUUGUUCUACUUGGCUGUCAUGCCAAUGGCACCAUAUUUUGUGUGGGCUGCGUUGUACUACUUGAAGAUUUUUGUUCUUUCUUCCAAGAGGAUUGAACAAAGGGGUUAUGAGACUCUUUACAAGUACAUGACAACGGAGCACGCACUUUGCGAGAAAUUCAUGCAUAGGUAUCCGACCCGCCUGCAGCCAUUGUUGUACAUGGCCUGCCACUCGCUCCUUUGCUGGUUCUCCAUGGCCAUCAGCGUCGUCUUCUGGUACUCUCCUUGGGCCCACACAGCGCUUGUUCUCAUCACCACCGCAUCGUCCAUCUGGAAUGGUGCCAACCAUUACCUGGAGGCGUCGAUCGUCAUCGAGGAGUCCCGCAAACCAUCUGCAGCCCGCGUCAAGGAGAAGCGCCGCUGA